AUGGAUGCUAAUGUUUUAUGUGGUGAACAUAAUGGUGAUGUUAAACGUGAAGCCCAUAAUGAAGAUGAGAAAAAGUUUGAAUAUGACAGUAUCAAUAACAAUGAGAAUGACAAUGGUAAUGACGACGACGACGAAGAUGUCAAGGAUGGCGACGAAGGAUACGACGGCGACGACGAAGACGACGAAGACGACGAUCACGACGAUAACAACGAAGACGACGAUCACGACGACUACGACGACGACGAUGGCGACGACGAAGACGACCAAGAUGACGAUGACCACGAUAGAGGCGACGAAGGCAACGAAGACGACGAGGUCGGGAACGACGAAGAAAUGUACGACGCUGACAACGAAGACGACCAAAUACUUUGUAAGUAUUGGUCUCAAGUCAGGAUGAACGACUAUUUUUAUUUUAUAAAUUUGCGAGCGUACUAUCACGAGGCUGUUCUCCGAGGGGCUAAGUUACUCACUAGCUAUUCUGUGAUAGAUAGCAAGUAG